AUGGCUUCUCAGUUUCAUCAGCUUCGGGUCCUGGUGUGGAAAAAUUGGCUAGGAGUCAAAAGGCAGCCGCUGUGGACACUUGUCUUGAUUUUAUGGCCAGUCAUUAUUUUCAUCAUUUUGGCUAUUACUCGGACCAAAUUUCCUCCAACAGCAAAACCGACUUGUUACCUUGCACCUCGAAACCUUCCUAGUACUGGAUUCUUCCCAUUCUUGCAAACCCUGCUCUGUGACACAGACUCCAAAUGCAAAGACACGCCUUACAGGCCACUGGAUCUGCUUCGAAGGAAAGGGGUUGAUGAGGCACUAUUUAAAGACAGUAAAAUUCAGAAAAAGUCAUCCAAACCGGAGGACAGCAAUUUAUCACACCAGAGCACCCCAGUUCCUGAAAGAAGACACGCAUCGCUGGCCACAGUAUUAACCAGUCCAAGUUCUGAUUUGGGAAGCACGGCAACAGGAACUUUUAAUGGCAGUGAAGUACUUGCACGGGUCCUUGGUUUGGAAAAGCUCUUAAAGCAAAAUUCAACUUCAGAAGACAUACGGAGAAAAAUGUGUGAGGCAUAUCCAGGAUACAUCACAAAUUAUUCCUUCUCUUGGCUCAGUCUAGGAAAAAAUGUUUUUAACAAAUUCUGCCUUUCCAACAUGACCCUUUUAGAAUCUUCUCUGCAGGAAUUAAAGGAGCAAUUCUCUCAGCUAUCAAGUGACCCCAAGAAUCAGAAGCGAGUGUUUCAGGAACUUGUUAAGGUGCUGUCCUUCUUCUCACAAGUGCAGGAGCAGAGAGCUGUGUGGCAGCUGCUCUCUAGUUUUCCAACUGUGUUUCAGAAUGACACAUCACUAAGCAAUGUAUUUGAUGUUCUCCGAAAAGCCAACAGGAUGCUGCUGGUGGUACAGAAGGUUUAUCCACGUGCUGAAUCUAACGAAGGCUUCCGAGCCCUCCAGAAGUCUGUUAAACAUCUGCUCCACACUUUGGACUCCCCAGUUCAAGGUGAUUACUCUGAUAAUGGAACAUACGGUUGGAGUGAGGAUGAUGAACGGUCCCUCUCUGCAAGCAGUCUGGCUGGACAGCUCCUGAUUCUGGAAACCUUUGAAGAUGCUCUUCUAAAUAUAUCAUCAAAUAGUCCUUAUUUCCCCUACUUGUCAUGUGUGAGAAACGUUACUGAUAAUUUGGCCAGAGGAUCUCCAGAAAAUCUACGACUUCUGCAGUCUACCAUUCAGUUUAAACACUCUUUUCUUCAAAAUGGCUCCUAUGAGGCUUACUUUCCUCCAGUUCCAGAAAUUCUCAAGUCAAAACUUUCUCAACUUCGAAACCUGACAGAACUUCUUUGUGAGUCGGAAACUUUCAACUCAAUAGAGAAAUCAUGCCAGAUCUCUCGCGUGAACUUUGGGAGCCUGUGUAAAGACAGUGAAUUUCACAUGCAACUUCUCGAAGCUGCAGAGGUGGGAACUGAAAUCUUAACCAGCUUACUCUACCAUGACAAUAUGGUAUCUGAAAAACUGAGGGAUUUGCUGACUGGGGAUCCAAGCAAAAUUAGUUUAAACCUGGAUGGGAUCUUGGAACAGGUGUUGCAAAUGAAUUACUUGGAAAAUAUCACUCAUUUAAUACCAACCAUAGAAGCCAUGCUGCAUGUCAAUAAUAGUGCAGAAGCAUCUGAAGAACCGGGUCAGUUAAUAGAAAUGUUUAGAAAUGUUGAAGAGCUGAAAGAAGAGCUGAGAAGGACGACAGGGAUGUCUAACACGACUGUGGACAAGUUGCUUGCCAUUCCUAUCCCGGAUAACAGAGCUGAGAUUAUUUCUCGUGUAUUCUGGCUGCAUUCUUGUGAUGCUAAUGUCACAAACCCCAAACUAGAAGAUGCAAUGAAGGAAUUCUGCAGGCUUCCCCUUUCAGAGCGAUCCCAGCAGUCUUACCUCAUUGGACUCACCUUGUUGCAUUACUUGGACAUUUACAACUUCACCUACAAGGUGUUCUUCCCUAGGAAAGAUCAAAAGCCAGUAGAAAAGAUGAUAGAACUCUUCAUGAGGCUGAAAGAAAUCCUCAGUCGGGUGGCUUCUGGCACACAUCCUCUGUUGGACAAAAUGAAAUCUCUGAAACAAAUACACCUGCCCAGAAGUGUUCCAUUAACCCAGGAAAUGUACAGAAGCAAUCGUAUGAGCAACCCCCAAGGAUCCUUCAGUACCAUCUCGCAAGCAUUGUGCUCUCAGGGGAUUACUACUGACUAUUUAACUUCCAUGUUGCCCUCUUCCCAGAAACCAAAAGGCAACCAUACCAAGGAUUUUUUGACUUACAAACUAACUAAAGAGCAAAUUGCUUCCAAGUAUGGAAUUCCCUUACAUGCCACACCAUUUUGCUUUUCCCUUUACAAAGACGUCAUCAACAUGCCUGCUGGACCUGUUAUUUGGGCUUUCUUGAAACCAAUGUUGCUGGGAAAGAUUUUAUAUGCACCAUAUAAUCCAGCUACAAAGGCUAUAAUGGAAAAGUCUAAUGCAACUCUAAGGCAGCUGGCAGAACUAAGAGAAAAAUCUCAAGAGUGGGUAGAUAAGUCGCCAAUCCUCUUUAAUUCCUUCCACCUGUUAAACCAAGCAAUUCCAAUGCUCCAGAAUACUCUAAGGAACCCUUUUGUACAAGUUUUUGUGAAAUUCUCUGUGGGACUUGAUGCUGUUGAACUACUGAAGCAGAUAGAUGAUCUUGACAUUCUCAGGCUGACAUUAGAGAACAACAUUGACAUCAUCGAUCAGCUUAAUACAUUAUCUGCCCUGACAGUAAAUAUUUCUUCUUGUAUACUGUAUGACCGGAUUCAGGGAGCCAACACAGUAGAGGAAAUGGAGACAGAAGCAGCAAGUCUCUACAAAAGCAAUGAACUCUUUGGAAGUGUUAUUUUUAAGCUUCCUUCUAACAGAAGUUGGCACAGAGGCUAUGACUCUGAAAAUGUCUUUCUUCCUCCUGUCGUAAAAUACACCAUCCGCAUGAGUCUGAAGACUGCCCAGACUACACGAAGCAUAAGAAACAAGCUCUGGGCUCCGGGGCCACACAAUUCUCCAUCAAACAACCAGAUCUAUAGCAGGGCCUUCGUUUAUUUACAAGACAGUAUUGAACGAGCCAUCAUUGAGCUGCAAACAGGAAGGAACUCACAGGAAGUAGCUGUCCAGGUUCAAGCAAUUCCUUAUCCUUGCUUUAUGAAAGACAACUUCCUAACCAGUGUCUCGUAUUCUCUUCCAAUUGUGCUCAUGGUUGCCUGGGUGGUAUUUAUAGCUGCCUUUGUAAAAAAGCUUGUUUAUGAGAAAGACCUUCGGCUUCAUGAGUACAUGAAGAUGAUGGGCGUGAACUCCGGCAGCCAUUUCUUUGCCUGGCUUAUAGAGAGUGUUGGAUUUUUACUGGUUACCAUCGCGAUCCUCAUUGUUAUACUCAAGUUUGGCAAUAUUCUUCCUAAAACAAAUGGGUUCAUUUUAUUCCUGUAUUUUUCGGACUAUAGCUUUUCAGUUAUUGCCAUGAGUUAUCUUAUCAGUGUUUUCUUCAACAACACAAACAUCGCAGCUCUAAUUGGAAGCCUCAUCUACGUCAUUGCCUUUUUUCCAUUUAUUGUAAUGGUAACAAUUGAGGAUGAAUUAAGCUAUGUGAUAAAGGUGUUCAUGAGCCUGCUGUCCCCAACAGCAUUCAGCUAUGCAAGCCAAUACAUUGCACGGUAUGAAGAACAAGGCGUUGGUCUUCAGUGGGAAAACAUGUAUAGUUCUCCAGUCCGGGAUGAUACCACCUCAUUUGGUUGGCUGUGCUGUCUAAUCCUAGCUGAUUCUUUCAUUUAUUUCCUUAUCGCUUGGUAUGUCAGGAACGUUUUCCCAGGGACGUAUGGUAUGGCAGCUCCGUGGUAUUUUCCAGUCCUUCCUUCCUAUUGGAAAGAGAGAUUUGGGUGCGCAGAGGUGAAGCAUGAGAAAAGCAACGGCCUCAUGUUUACUAACAUCAUGAUGCAGAACACCAACCCAUCUUCCAGUCCUGAUUCUGUGUUUCCCUCCAACAUUGAACCUGAACCUAAGGAUCUCCCAGUCGGAGUUGCCCUGCAUGGGGUCACAAAGAUCUACGGCUCAAAAAUUGCUGUUGAUAAUCUCAAUCUAAACUUUUAUGAAGGGCAUAUUACCUCAUUGCUGGGGCCCAAUGGAGCAGGGAAAACCACUACCAUAUCCAUGCUGACUGGGCUGUUUAGUACAUCAGCAGGUACCAUUUUUGUGUAUGGCAAAGACACUAAGACUGACCUGAACACUGUUCGGAAGAACAUGGGUGUCUGCAUGCAGCAUGACGUCUUGUUCAGUUACCUCACUACGAAGGAGCACCUUCUCUUAUAUGGCUCCAUCAAAGUUCCUCAAUGGACCAAAAAGCAGCUCCAUGAAGAGGUGAAGAGGACUUUGAAAGAUACUGGCCUUUAUAGCCAUCGCCAUAAGAGAGUUGGAACACUGUCAGGAGGGAUGAAGAGGAAGUUAUCAAUAUCCAUAGCUCUCAUUGGUGGAUCAAGGGUGGUCAUUUUGGAUGAGCCAUCUACUGGAGUUGACCCAUGUUCUCGUCGAAGUAUAUGGGAUGUAAUAUCCAAGAACAAAGCUGCCAGAACAAUCAUUCUGUCGACACACCACCUGGAUGAGGCUGAAGUGCUAAGUGACCGCAUUGCCUUCCUGGAACAAGGUGGACUACGGUGCUGCGGGUCUCCCUUCUACCUAAAGGAGGUGUUUGGGGACGGGUACCACCUUAUACUCACCAAGAAGAAGAGCCCAAAUUUAGAUGCAAACAGAAUAUGUGACACAAUGGCUGUGACAACGAUGAUUCGCUCACACCUUCCUGAGGCCUACCUCAAAGAAGAUAUCGGAGGAGAGCUUGUGUAUGUGCUUCCUCCAUUCAGUACCAAAGUCUCAGGAGCCUACCUGUCUCUCCUAAGAGCCCUGGACCAGGGUAUGGGCGACCUCAACAUCGGGUGCUAUGGCAUUUCAGACACCACAGUUGAAGAGGUAUUUUUGAACUUGACUAAGGAGUCACAGGCGAGUAGUAACAUGAGUCUGGAACACUUGACACAAAGGAAAAGUGGGAAUCCCGCUACCAAUGGCAUCUCAACUCCGGAUGAUCUGUCUGUGACCAGCAGCAACUUCACAGACAGAGAUGACAAAAUCCUGACAAGCAGUGAGAGGCUGGAUGGGUUUGGACUGCUACUGAAGAAGAUAAUGGCUAUUCUCAUUAAGAGGUUCCACCACACCCGCAGAAACUGGAAAGGCCUCAUUGCUCAGGUCAUCCUCCCUAUCGUCUUCGUAACCACUGCUAUGGGCCUUGGCACACUGAGAGAUUCCAGCAACAGUUACCCAGAGAUCCAGAUCUCCCCUUCUCUUUAUGGUACCUCAGAACAGACAGCCUUCUAUGCGAAUUUUGACCCCAGCACAAAAGCACUGGUCUCAACACUAUGGAAUUUCCCUGGGAUUGACAAUAUGUGUCUCAACAACAGUGACUCUUGGUGCUUAAAUAAAAGCCUCCCAGAAAGAUGGAACACAAGUGGAGAACCUAUCAAUAAUUUUGGUGUUUGCUCCUGCUCAGAAAAUGUCCAGGAUUGUCCUAAAUUUAACUAUUCUCCGCCUCAUAGAAGAAUUUAUUCAUCCCAAGUAAUUUACAACCUCACUGGGCACCACUUGGAAAACUAUCUUAUAUCAACUGCAAAUGAUUUUGUCCAAAAAAGAUAUGGAGGUUGGAGUUUUGGGAUGCACUUGACUAAUGACCUUCGUUUUGAUAUAACAGCAGUUCCUACCAACAGAACACUUGCCAAGGUAUGGUAUGAUCCAGAAGGCUAUCACUCCCUUCCAGCUUACCUCAACAGCUUGAACAAUUUCCUGUUACGGGUUAACAUGUCCAAACAUGAUGCUGCCCGACACGGUAUCAUCAUGUAUAGCCACCCUUACCCAGGUGUGCAAGACCAAGAACAAGCCACAAUCAGCAGUUUAAUUGAUGUUUUAGUGGCACUGUCCAUCUUGAUGGGCUAUUCUGUCACCACGGCCAGCUUUGUCACCUAUGUUGUAAGAGAACAUCAGACCAAAGCCAAACAGCUGCAGCAUAUUUCAGGCAUUGGGGUGACCUGCUACUGGGUGACAAACUUCAUUUAUGAUAUGGUCUUCUACUUGGUUCCAGUAGCAUUUUCUAUUGGUGUCAUUGCAAUUUUCAAGUUACCUGCCUUCUACAAUGAAAGCAACUUGGGUGCUGUCUCUCUCCUACUUCUUCUGUUUGGGUAUGCAACAUUUUCUUGGAUGUACUUGCUGGCUGGUCUCUUCCACGAGACAGGAAUGGCUUUUAUCACUUACGUUUGUGUCAACCUGUUUUUUGGCAUCAAUUCCAUUGUUUCCCUGUCGGUGGUAUACUUCCUUUCCAAGGAAAAGCCAAAUGAUCCGACUUUAGAACUUAUUUCUGAAACCCUCAAGAGAAUUUUCCUGAUAUUCCCACAGUUCUGUUUUGGCUAUGGUUUGAUUGAACUUUCCCAACAACAGGCAGUCUUGGAUUUCCUAAAAGCAUAUGGAGUCAACUACCCAAGUGAAACGUUUGAAAUGAAUAAGCUGGGUGCAAUGUUUGUAGCAUUGGUUUCUCAAGGCACCAUGUUUUUUUUGCUGCGCAUAUUAAUCAAUGAGUCACUAAUUAAGAAGCUCAGAUUCUUCUUCAGAAAAUUUACAUCUUCCCCUGUAACGGAGACAAUAGAUGAAGAUGAAGAUGUACGGGCUGAGCGAAUAAGAGUUGAAAGCGGAGCAGCUGAGUUUGACCUGGUCCAACUCCAUCGUCUCACAAAGACCUACCAACUUAUCCACAAAAAGAUUAUAGCUGUAAACAACAUCAGCCUCGGGAUUCCUGCGGGAGAGUGCUUUGGCCUUCUUGGGGUGAAUGGAGCUGGGAAGACUACUAUAUUCAAAAUGUUGACUGGAGAUAUCAUUCCUUCAAGUGGAAACAUUCUGAUCCGAAAUAAGACAGGGUCCCUGGGUCACGUUGAGUCUCACAGUUCCUUAAUUGGCUACUGUCCUCAGGAAGAUGCUUUAGAUGACCUGGUAUCUGUGGAAGAACAUUUGUAUUUCUAUGCAAGGGUACAUGGAAUUCCAGAAAAAGAUAUUAAGGAAACUGUUCAUAAACUCCUCAGGAGACUUCACUUGAUGCCCUACAAGGACAAACCUACUUCUAUGUGCAGCUAUGGUACAAAGAGAAAAUUAUCUACUGCCCUGGCCUUGAUAGGGAAGCCUUCCAUCCUACUCUUGGAUGAGCCAAGCUCUGGGAUGGAUCCUAAGUCAAAACGGCACCUCUGGAAGAUCAUUUCAGAGGAAGUACAGAACAAAUGCUCAGUCAUCCUCACAUCUCACAGCAUGGAAGAAUGUGAAGCUCUCUGUACCAGGCUGGCCAUCAUGGUAAAUGGAAGGUUCCAAUGCAUUGGAUCUCUGCAGCAUAUAAAGAGCAGGUUUGGACGUGGAUUUACUGUCAAGGUUCACUUGAAAAAUAACAAAGUGAGCAUGGAGACCCUCACGAGGUUCAUGCAACUACACUUUCCAAAAACAUACUUAAAAGAUCAGCACCUUAGCAUGCUGGAAUACCAUGUACCAGUUACGGCUGGAGGAGUUGCAAACAUUUUUGAUUUGCUGGAAACCAACAAGACUGCCUUAAAUAUCACAAAUUUCCUUGUGAGUCAGACCACUCUGGAAGAGGUUUUCAUCAACUUUGCCAAAGAUCAAAAGUCCUAUGAAAAUGCUGACACCAGUAGCCAAGCUUCCAGCAUAAGUGUAGACUCACAGGAUGAUCAGACAGACUCUUAA